CGUCGUGUACCACCAACAGUUUUGGGAAUUUCGUGUGUAGUUUCAAGCAUUUCAACUCUUCAACAUGCGUGAGUGCAUUUCCGUACACGUUGGACAGGCCGGUGUGCAGAUCGGUAAUGCCUGCUGGGAGCUGUACUGUCUGGAGCAUGGCAUCCAACCGGACGGCCAGAUGCCUUCGGACAAGACCAUCGGCGGUGGUGAUGACUCGUUCAACACCUUCUUCUCGGAGACCGGAGCCGGCAAGCACGUACCACGUGCCGUUUUCGUUGAUCUGGAACCGACGGUAGUGGAUGAGGUGCGUACCGGCACGUACCGCCAGCUGUUCCACCCGGAGCAGCUGAUCACUGGCAAGGAGGACGCCGCGAACAACUACGCCCGUGGCCACUACACCAUCGGCAAGGAGAUCGUCGAUCUGGUGCUGGAUCGUAUCCGUAAGCUGGCCGACCAGUGCACGGGUCUGCAAGGUUUCUUAAUCUUCCACUCGUUCGGUGGCGGUACCGGUUCCGGAUUUACCUCGCUGCUGAUGGAGCGUCUGUCGGUUGAUUAUGGCAAGAAGUCCAAGCUCGAGUUUGCCAUCUACCCGGCACCGCAGGUUUCGACAGCCGUCGUUGAGCCGUACAACUCGAUCCUCACCACGCACACCACGCUGGAACACUCGGACUGCGCGUUCAUGGUCGAUAACGAGGCGAUCUACGACAUCUGUCGCCGCAAUCUGGACAUAGAGCGACCGACCUACACCAACCUGAACCGACUGAUCGGUCAGAUCGUAUCGUCGAUCACUGCCUCGCUCCGAUUCGAUGGUGCGCUGAACGUCGAUCUGACGGAGUUCCAGACAAAUCUGGUACCGUACCCGCGUAUCCAUUUCCCGCUCGUUACCUACGCACCGGUCAUCUCGGCGGAAAAGGCCUACCAUGAGCAGCUGUCCGUGUCGGAGAUUACCAACGCUUGCUUCGAGCCGGCCAACCAGAUGGUGAAGUGUGAUCCGCGCCACGGCAAGUACAUGGCCUGCUGUAUGCUGUACCGUGGUGAUGUGGUGCCGAAGGAUGUUAAUGCGGCCAUCGCUACCAUCAAGACCAAGCGUACGAUCCAGUUUGUGGAUUGGUGUCCGACCGGUUUCAAGGUCGGCAUCAACUAUCAGCCACCGACCGUCGUGCCCGGUGGUGAUCUGGCGAAGGUGCAGCGUGCCGUGUGCAUGUUGUCCAACACGACGGCUAUCGCCGAGGCGUGGGCCCGUCUGGAUCAUAAGUUCGAUCUGAUGUACGCCAAGCGUGCGUUCGUGCACUGGUACGUCGGUGAGGGUAUGGAGGAGGGUGAGUUCUCGGAGGCGCGUGAGGAUUUGGCCGCCCUCGAGAAGGACUAUGAAGAAGUCGGCAUGGAUUCGGGCGAUGGCGAGGGUGAGGGUGCUGAGGAGUACUAGAUGGACAGAUCUGUAAUGUAGCUCCGCCUGUCACUAAGUCGAGCUUCGAUCCGAAGACGAAAUGCCGGUUUUCUCCAUUUUGAAGCACAAAUUCAAAAUUCCCAGAAGAAGUUGAUGUGCAUUUUAAACUAAUUUAUUAUCUGUUCACGCAAUAAACAUGCCCAUAAACAUAA